UUCAGUUCAUUUUAAUCAUUUCAAAGAGCAACAUCGUAGAAUAAAUUUCAUGUAAAUUCUUAUAUUAGUUGGAAUACAUUUGGAGCCAUAGUCCAUUUAGCCAUGGACAAGGACAGGAAUAAAACGAAUGCCAAUAAGAAUGCAUCGUGUUCUGCUGCACGAUGCAAGAAACCAGAUACCUGCAUCCAUUUGCGCAGCCUUCGCCAGCAGCAAAUUAAAGCGGGCACCUCCACUCAAGUACUCUAUCGUGGGCCCAAUUUUCAGGCACAGCGCAGCGAUGAGGAUAUCUUUUUUGAUUGUCUGAGUAUUGGCGACACUGAUUUUCCCCGGGAGGGUCACAGCUGCAAAAUGUACGCCAGCUGUAAGACGAUCACUAGCACCAACCCCACCAUGUGCAGUAAGGCCUCUAGUAAAAAGGCAACAAACAGUUGUAAAACAACCUCCACCUGUAAUGCGUCCGCCAGUAGCAAAUUCGAUGAUCCGGUGGUCGUGCGCGAAACCCUUGAGCGUGCUGCAAAUGCCACACAAAUGCUGCUACGAAACUUUGAGCGGAAUAAGCGGGUUUGUAAACGUCCGUGCAGUGCAACUCUGGAGAUAACAGCACGUCUGUUAACCGAUCCCAAGGAAACCAGCUCAAAAUGCCGUCUAGAGGGCAGACCGGUUACCGUUCAAAUGCCACUGCAAUUCGAUCCGAAUACGGGCCAAAUGGUCACAAGCCAGUCACGGCCUAUUGAGAAGGAGACACCAGGCUGCUCGAAGCUGACGUGCACAGAUUGCCCAGCUCUGAUGUAUAUGCAAGAUGAGCGACGCUAUCCAAUGAACGCUGACGCCCUCGCCCCCAACUACCGCACCCAAGACAUACAAACUGACCAAUCCCAUUUGAGAAAUGAAGCUCAAAGGGCUGUCCAAAGGCAGUCCAACGGCGACGAAAUGCCCAGCCACCCAACGCAGACACAGAAUUCAAGAAAUCAGCAGGAUAUGGAGGAGGGUAGCGCGGAACUGGGCAAACCAUCUCAGACGGACACAUCCUAUCUUCACGAUCACUAUGUACGCUCGCUCGGUAAUAACUUUGUUGCGGACAAGCUGUCACAAACGCGUGUCAUCAGCUGUGAUUUCUAUAAUAUGGGGAAAAUUCAUUAUCCCACACAAUACAUAUGCCGCAUUGUAGAUGAGAACGAUGAACAGAUGCAAGAAAGGGUUCCAAACCGUAUCAAUUUUGAUGAGAACCACUCAGGUCGUCAACAUCCAGUCGAAGAAUGUAUUUGUACCAACAAUGAUUGGAAGCAAAUAAUUAAAGCUGAAAUGCGCACGCAAUGUCAGCAAACAGAUUCUUGUUGCGAGUCGAAAUCGCAACCAAGUAUACCAUCCUCUACAGCCGUACAGCCAUUUGAUAGUAAGAACAGUGCACAAAGUAAUAAAUCCAGCAUUUGUCCCUGCGGCUCAAAAUCUAUGCCCAACGUACCAUUAGUGGAAGCUCAACCGCCGCUCUACGAGGAACCGAAAAUACAACCGCAACCAUCACCGAUACCUUGUUAUUGUGAAUCAGACGAAGGUCAAAGCAAUGACUUUUCCCGACAAAGUAAUUCUGCAUAUUGUUCUAUACCCAGUUGCCACACCGCACAGAGCGGCACCGUAGAUCAAGGCAAUGACGUUUCCCAACCAAGUAAUACUGCUUAUUGUUCAAUACCCAGUUGCCAUACCGCACAGAGUGGCACCGUUGAUCAAGUUGAUGAGUUUUCCGAAUCAAGAAAUGUUGCCUCCUCUCCAACACCCAAUUCUCAUACCGAACAGAGUGGCAUCGAAGAUCAAGCCGUUGACGAUUCUCAACCAAGUAAUGCUGCCUAUUGUUCAAUACCCAGUUGCCAUACCGCACAGAGCGGCACCGUAGAUCAAGCCGUUGACGAUUCCCAGCCAAGUAAUGCUGCUUAUUGUUCAAUACCCAGUUGCCAUACCGCACAGAGUGGCACCGUUGAUGAAAUUGAUGAGUCUUCCAAAUCAAGAAAUGUUGCCUCUUCUCCAAUACCCAGUUCCCAGACCGGACAGAGUGGCAUCGAAGAUCAAGCCAUUGACGAUUCUCAGCCAAGUAAUGCUGCCUAUUGUUCGAUACCCAGUUGCCAUACCGCACAGAGCGGCACCGUAGAUCAAACCGUUGACGAUUCCCAGCCAAGUAAUGCUGCUUAUUGUUCAAUGCCCAGUUGCCAUGUCGCACAGAGUGGCACCGUUGAUCAAAUGGAUGAGUCUUCCAAAUCAAGAAUUGUUGGUAUUGCAGGUCAACCCAAUAACCCAUCUCAAAAAACUAAUGCUGCCAACAGUCCAAUGUCCAGUAUUCAUACUACACAAAGUUGCACCGCAAAUCAAGGUAAAGCCUUGUCGCAACCAACUAAUGCUGCCUGGUGUGGAAUGCCCUGUUGCCAUACUCUACAGAGUGGCCCCGCAAAUCAAGCUAAUGCUUUGUCCCAGCCAAGUAAUGUUGUCUAUUGCUUAAAUCCAAGUUGCCUUACUGCACAGAGCGGAAUUGUGGAUCCAAAUACGACCAGAUCAUGCGCUGUACACAGCGGCUUGCCAUCGUUGCUUUCCGGGGACAGUUGUCCCCGUACUCUGGACAAUCAGGCUGGAGUUACCUCGGUCUAUUACAGCCUGGAGUCGGGCAAUAGUCGUUCCAUGGCACCAAGUACUAUGCCGCAAACUGGAAAUCCUUGUGGAUUGCCAAGCGCACACAGCCCUGAGCCAAGCUGUUAUUAUUCCCUGCACUCAGAGACUAGUAGAGGAAACGAAAAGGAUAACGAUACGGCCUUUUUUAGCGUGAGAUCUUGCACCAGUCGACCAUUCGAUAACGCAACCACUUUUGAUAGCUUGAAAACUGGCACAAGUCAUCGGGAUAUCUGUAACUGUUAUCAAAGGGAUAAUGCCACUAAAUAUUUCAGCGUUGAUUCUGGCAGCAGUCGUCUAGUCAAUAAUAGAGGUCAAAAGGAUAACGCCACGGCCUUUUUCAGUGCACAAUCUUGCGUCAGUCGUCCGGUCGAUAAUAGUCAAAAGGAUGACGCUACCCGCUUUUUAAGCGUGCAAUCCUGCACCGGUCCUCCAGUCGAUAGUUGUUCUAAAAAGGAUGCCGACACAGCUUUUUAUAGCGCACAAUCCUGCACCGGCCCUGUUAAUAUUAGCUCGAAAAAGGAUAACACCACCACCUUUUUUAGCGCACGGUCUUGCACCAGUCGACCAGGCGAUAAGGACGCAACGAUUUUUCUUAGCUUGGAAUCGGGCAUCAGCCGGCCGGUUGUCGCUCAACCCAAUGUCGGAUUCCAACCAAUCCCCAGUAGUCUCACCGCGCAGAGCUACUCCGAAGGUGUGUUUGGCAAGCAACCCUCUGUGAUUCCUUGGAAUAUGGUUACCGCGAAAAGUGAAAAUCAAAGCGAAACUACCGACUGGCGAAGCGCGCGCUCUAAAUACACCGCUGAGCUCGAUCAAAGUGGCGUCGAUGUGGCGUGUUCUUGCCUCGCACCCGAUCCAAGUACGCGUACCUUCAUCGCAGCAGAGCCGAGUAGUAUUGCGCCGGUGACUUCAUUGGGCCAAGACCCGUUUUACCAACAGGCACAGAAUAUGCAGAUGCUGAGAGGAGCGAACUUUGUUGAUGCACAAAGCACGACUUAUCAGAGCGCGCGUUCGGAGCCUAGCAAGACGCAUCCUUGCUCCUGCAGCAAAAUUGCACGCUCUGACAUGGGUACUCAACAAGGUGAAAGCUUUUUCGAUGCAGACAGGAGCCAUAUAACGACAUCCAUCAAGAGUCGUCCAGUUGAGCAUGGCGAGAGUAAUGCGGAUGAUGUCUCACAGCAUAGUAGUGCCCAUCAGGUAGCCUGCAAUAAAUCUUCUUUGGGCUACGCCGACAAGACCUCGUCACGUUCGCAGUCUGUAAUGGCCAACAUCACGUGCUUGUGCUCGUCAGAUCAGAGGAUGAAGUUGGGAUUAGUGGGACGCGAGGGUAGGGAAGGACCGCCCUUCACAAAAGUCGAGGAAAGUGGCUUAGAAUGCGCCAUUGUGCCCGCUGAUCCUGUGCUUGUAUCAAAGAUGUUUUCGGUAGCCGCUACCAAAGAUUCAAGCUGUUGUCAGAGCUGCAAUGUAGCACCGAGCACAAAGGUUGUGUUUAUGAAUCGGACUGACAAAUUUUGUGAUUGCUAUUCUUCAUCUGAGACUUCCAUAGGUGGUACUGCUGUCAAGUCUUUAUCUGAAUUUCAAGACAUUGAAAGCGGACCCUCGAGCUGCAACUGUGACAAAGUGUCGUCUAGGGGGAUGCCAAUUCAUAAAGGGCAAAGAUUGGUUGGCUGCAAGUCUUUAGAUCCAUCCGUACCUUACGGUGACCAACAGAUGUCCAUGAAAAGCGCAUUUACCUGUUCGUGCAACCAACCAAUGUUGAGUGUCGACUAUAAAUCGGCAAACUCCGCAACUGCAUAUUCAAAAUCCUGUCUAACAACCUCGAAAUGCGGCGUGUCUAUGCCAAACUUUAGCUUGGCACCCGAUGCCGAGGGUACCAAAAUUUCCGGUCAAAAUCGUAUCAGCCCUGAAGAGGGUGCUAUGGAGCAGGACGGGGAACAGGUCCAGGUUCAGGAACAAGUCGAGGUUCGGGGCCAAGACCAGGUCCAGAGCCCGGUUCAGGACCAGAUCCAGGUCGAACAUGAACAGGACAGCUACUGUGAGUGUCGAUCCGAAAGGCAGGUGACGAGUUACAGGAGCUGUGUAUCGAACGAAUGGGACAAUGCCGGUUCACCAAAGGAACGCAUUCUGAAUAUAUUGAAUUUAUUGAGCGAUUCAAACGAUUGCUGCCUGGAUCGCACGGCCACUAUACAACAACUGUUUCGUGAACUAACCCUGAUGCUUCGUCGAGAGGAAGAGGAUGAUGAAGAGGCAGCUGAACCCUUAUCCUACGAAGAUUGUAUGGCAGCCGUAACGGCGGGCCGACUACCACCAAAAAAACAGCCCAAGUCGAAAGACAAAUUGGAGCGGAUGCAGUGUCUUGAUCAAAUGGAAAAAUAUCUGGAAAAAUGUUUUCCCCUAAAAACUGGUCGGACUAUACAACCGACGGAAAUCGUCGCUUUCGAACGUGAUCCAAAUUUUGAUCCUUAUCGUAAGCCUUAUGAUACCGACGCUGACUCAAAGGAUACGAAUUUCGUCAGCUGCCAUACCGACGUCGAGAUUCAUACGCCAUUCGCAUCCGAUUCCUAUCGAACGUGCUCUAAAUCUGGAAGCUGGAAAUCCCCGGAUUCCAAAUCGACGAGCAAUAAAUCAUCUGAUUGGAAGACUCCCGAUUCUAAAUCGGCCGAUUCGAAAUCGCCAGAUUCGAUCAGCUGGAAAUCACCAGAUUCCAAAUCAUCCAGUUUAAAAUCACCAGAUUUUAAAACGAGUACGCCCAUAGAGGGCUCUAAGCGUGACUCGCAAGUGGAAUCUAUAAGUCCCGACUCAAUAAGAAUCUCUGCAUCACCUCCUAGCCCAAUAGAUGAAGAUAACAAACAAACUCCCCUGGCAGAUAUGGAUGAAGAUGACUCUGCAGAAGCAACGGCAGCGGCACCUGAGAUCCCCGAAGAGUAUGGCGAAGUAGAUACCCAACCCGAGGAACAGUCUACAGCACUGCCUCCAGAAGAGCCUGAGCCGGACGAAACAACGAAUGAACUUAGUCCAGACUCUGGUGCCCAUAAAAAGCCGAGCUGUACAUGUGGGACUGACAAUGAGUCUACGGAAGUCCCUCCAGAAGAGCCUAAGCCGGACGAAGCAACUAAUGAAAUUACUCCAGAUUCUAGUGACAUUAAAAAGCCGAGCUGUACAUGUGGGCCUGACAAUAAGUCUACAGAAGUGCCUCCAAAAGUGCCAAAGCUGGACGAAGCAACUAAUGAAAUUACUCCAGAUUCUGGUUACAUUAAAAAGCCGAGCUGUACAUGUGGGCCUGGCAAUGAGUCUACAGAAGUGCCUCCAAAAGUGCCAAAGCCGGACGAAGCAACUAAUGAAAUUACUCCAGAUUCUGGUGCCCAAAAAAAGCCGAGCUGUACAUGUGGGACUGACAAUGAGUCCACAGAAGUGCCUUCAGAAGAGCCCAAGCUGGAUGGAGCAGCCGACGAAGAAGCGGACGAAGAAGUGGACGAGGCUGAAGAACUCACUCCAGAUUCUGGUGCCAUUCAAAAGCCGAGCUGUAUAUGUGAUCAGGAUUCGAACGAUCUUUUGAGUCCGCUUACGGAUAGGGAGCGCCUACUAUGCGAAUAUAUGAUGCGUCGCAUGUGCGAAUUAUGUGGGGAUGAGCAAACCGUAGAGGAGGAGGCCACGGACGGCGUAGAUCGACCGGGAGAACCCUGUGUUUGCUGUCAUUGUCGGGCGCUCGCUUGCGACAACCAAUGCAAGACUGUAUCCAAGACACUGGAUGCCGUCCGAUAUGAUCCCGUUGCCGAAACGAAAUUUUUCAUCGAUUCCAUUAUUUGUGAUUUACAUGCUAUGAAUCAUGUGAUGAACAAGAAUAAAAUUAAUCCUAAGACCCCCAAUCCGUCGCCUUGUAUGGGCAAUGGGCCGGGAGAAAGUUUCCCUGUAACCAUUACGGAUGUCUCAAGUUUGGGCUGUCGUGCGCUCUAUGUGCGAUGGCAAUUGGAUGACUGCGCCGCCAUUGGUGGAUACGAGAUUUAUGUGGAUGGCCAUUUGACGAAUCGUUUUUAUAGUUAUCGCCACGAAUCUGGCGUCGUGGCCAAUGUGGAUGUGACUAAGCGGCAUCAGAUCGUUUUGCGCGCACAGGCGGUGGGUCAAGAGUUUCCUGGCGAUGAAGUUGGUUGCGGCCAAAAUGCGAUGGUACACGCCCAUCCGGAGAUGCUGGUGGGCGCUAGCCGACCCUGGACACCAAGCGUCUUUUUUUAUGAACCUUAAGUGCGCCCAGUUUGACGCUGACGGCGCACAAAGUGCUAGUCAAAAGUUUCUAUUCGAGUUUUGUCCUUUCUUAAUACCGUUAGUUUUUUCCCUUGUUCUUUGUGCAUAUAGCUCGAUUAUCGAUUAUUAUCGAUUAUUGUACCUAGUGUAGAGAUCGAUUUUUGAGGAAUAUAAGUGGUCCAGCAUGCAUUCAAGCAUAGGAAUUUAAAGUGGACAUUCGAUCCCUUUACAAUGUGCCUUAAAUACAAAAUUGUACUCAUCGAUGUUGCACGUUUUGUUGCGUUUUAAAACGCGAUAUUUACAUAUAUACACAUAAAUAUAUUUUUGAAUCUGUUAUAUGAACAAAAUUAGAGAUGGGCAAUGCGAACAAAUUUUAGCUAAUGAAAAUUGUCUAAAUCUUGAGAUAAUAGAGAACAUUUUACUCUGAUUGGCUUGUUUUUUUUUUUUAUUGAUAUUAUUUGUCUUAAAAAGAAAUUGUUGACAGUGUCGAAAUUGUACUACACCACAACGAUUCAAAUUAUUGGAAAGUCCCAGUUGCAUUUACUGAAAUGUUAGUAAAGUUACAAAUACGAAAAUAUCAAUCUGAAGAAGUAUGAGUUCCAAGGAAACCUACAAUAACUAAUUGUUCAAAACCCUGUGGUUUUAAAAAUCAGUUUGUUAAAAACUCCCUAGUCACAGUCACAAGAAAUUACAGAGUUGUGAAGUCACAAUUUAAUCACCGUUUGCGGAAGGGAGUUGUAUUGAAACACAAUUAUAAAAGUGAGAUGAUAAAUUACACUGGAUUGUCAUUGAGCCACACAAAGUUAAUUGUAUAUAAUCCUUAAGAGUUAAUUUUAGAAAAUAACAAAUGCAACGAAUUACGCUAAACCACAAUGUAAAUGAGCACCUAUAUCAGGCAAUAUUGUCGCAAUAUAAUACAGGAAAUUCAUAUUUUUUAUAUAAGAAUAUAAACCUAUCGAUCUAGCUAUUGACUCGAAAUACUCAAGCAAAAUUCUCUGUUAAGACUCGUCGCCCAUCUCUAUUACAUCUAAGAAGUUACGUACACAUAUGUAUAUGUAGAUAUGUAGUUAGUCUGCCGUUUUAGGCAAGCAUAACUGUUGCAUUGUUAUAAUAACAGUUAAUUAUCUAAUACUAGAUACUUACCACCUGGAACGUAGCAAUUGUGGACCAAGGUUCAUGUUUGAAUAUACGUAGUUUUUACACACUUA